AAUAGAGAAACUCACACAGAAUUUUUGGCAGUAUUUAAGGCCCACUGCUCUGUGUGUGCCAUUGUUAAAAACCACUCUCGAAAUUCUUCUAAUAAUUACAAUUUUCAGAACAAGAUGAAUUCUGCAACACUACUUGGUCCUUCUCCUCCACGACCUCUGUUUCUUGAGACACACGAUCAUCUUCAUCGCAACAGAACCAAUAAACUUUCUUCUUCUUCUUCUUCUUCUUCUUCUUCUUCUUCUAUCAUUUGUUGUUCAUCUAGAAACCAAUCUUACAUCCCCAAGCUUGAACCUUUUAACCGAACCAAGAUUGACAGAAUCGGUAAAGACCUUCCUUUGAUUCAAAAAACUGAGAACGAUCUCUUGGAUUAUUGUUCGACACUUGAAGGUGAUGAAUGUUAUAGUUGCUGGCAGGCAUAUUCUGAGCUCAAAGAUCUUGAAAAAGAGUCACCAAAAGCAGAGAUAGAGAGGUUAAUCAUUCAAAUUGGUGGUGUAAAAUCUUUAAUAGGAUGUUUACAUGGAAUUGCACUAAUGCACAAAUUGAAAAAGAAAGGUUUCAAUGUAACCAAAGAAAUAGAAUCAGAAGAACAAAACCUUUGUCCUAGACCAGAUGGAUUACCAAAAUCUGCUGAUGAAAUUAUGGAAGAGGAACAAGCAAAAAUGCCUGAUUCAUCAUAUACUAAGCUUCUUAGAUCAAUGGGAAAGUAUCCUGCAUGGUAUUCUAAAGCACCAGAUCAUGAAACAGAUUGAUGAUUAUUUCUUUUGCUAUAGGGAAGGAUAAUGAUGUGAAUGUGUUAGUUGUGCUAAUAGGAUAGUUAUAACCCUAUAUGAAUGAAAUGGCUGUAAAAUUGUGAGGUUUUUUGUUUUUUUACUUUGGUUAUUGCUUUUCAUAAAUCCUGAUCUAAUGUUAAUUUCAGGAUGUAAUGUACAUUGUGGUCUUUUUGUUUUUAA